AUGGGCAACGCCAAGAGCGGGGCUCUGUCCCGGGAGGUGCUCGAGGACCUCAAGACGAGCACGCGCUACUCCGAGGAGGAGCUCUGCCGCUGGUGGCGCGGGGAACGCACGCGUUUUUGGGAAUCGCUGACCUCACCUGGUCGCAAAACGCACCUCAAGCUCGAGUGGGCCUUCUCCUGCUAUGAGAUUUGGGGUUUGGGAUGCAGGAACGGCGAGGUCAGCAAGAGCGAGGUGCUGGAGAUCAUCACGGCCAUUUUCAAGAUGAUCCCGGCCGAGGAGCAGAAACUGCUGCCCGAGGACGAGAACAGCCCCCAGAAACGCGCCGACAAGCUCUGGGCCUUCUUCAACAAGGGCGAGAACGACAAGAUCGCCGAGGCCGAGUUCAUCGAGGGCGUGAUGAAGAACGACGCCAUCAUGCGCCUGAUCCAGUACGAGCCCAAAAAGUGAAACCCAAAAUCCCCGAAAAUCCCCCCAGAAAAACCCCAAAAUCCCCCAAAAGAAUAAAAAAUAAAAAAUC